GGUACGCAGAAUACGUCGUCUGCAUUUUAGAGUCUGACAUAUAUCUUGGUCAUUUUACAAAUAUUCUAAAGGUCAUACUUGAAAGACUCUGAGCAAACAUGUAUAAAUGUAUUCGUAAUACAGUUUUGGUGUUCAACAUUUUAUUUCUGCUCUGUGGACUAGGAGUUUUAGGAAUAGGAGUAUGGAUCCGUAUAGAUAUGGUUGAAUUCGAUGAGUUACUAGGAAAGUCUAUGGUUCCUAUUGCUGCUUAUGUACUUAUUGCCGCAGGAGGUGUUGUGAUGCUGAUUUCAUUGGUGGGAUGUCUAGGAGCGUUGAAAGGGCAUAGAGUUCUGCUUGGUCUGUAUUUUAUAUUUAUGUUGUUUAUAUUCAUGAUGGAGGGUGCUGCUGCUGUUAUGGGGGCACUGUUCUAUGAUCAGGCAAAACCGUUCAUGUCGACAUACGUGGAAACAGCCAUGAUGACGAAGUAUGGAGAUCCUGAUUAUGAACUGGUUACCAAGUCUGUGGAUACACUUCAUCAAAAGUUCAAAUGUUGUGGCUUUGAUGAACCAGAAGACUGGGAUAAUGCCACAUCUUUCACCGGUGCCACAGUUCCUGUAUCUUGUUGUAGAAACCAAAACCAGCCUUCCUGUAACACUGCUUACAACAGUACUAAUAUUUAUGAUCAAGGUUGUGUAGACGCACUGUCAGACUGGAUGACCGGUAACCUUAUUUAUUUACUUGGUGUAGCUAUAGCUGUUGCCUUAUUUCAGAUACUAGGAAUGGUGUUUUCUCUAUGUCUGAUAAAACAAGCUGGCGAUGACAACUAUGUUUAGAGUAUUUUAAAAACUAUCCAUUAUAAAUAGCAUA